AAUCCCCAGGAGCCCAGUUCCUGUGGGCAGCGCCUGACAUGCCUGAUCCUCUCUUUUCUGCAGUUCAAGGGAAAGACGAGAUCUUGCACAAGGCACUCUGCAUCUGCCCUUGGCUGGGGAAGGGUGGCAUGGAGCCUCUCCGGCUGCUCAUCUUACUCUUUGUCACAGAGCUGUCCGGAGCCCACAACACCACAGUGUUCCAGGGCGUGGCGGGCCAGUCCCUGCAGGUGUCUUGCCCCUAUGACUCCAUGAAGCACUGGGGGAGGCGCAAGGCCUGGUGCCGCCAGCUGGGAGAGAAGGGCCCAUGCCAGCGUGUGGUCAGCACGCACAACUUGUGGCUGCUGUCCUUCCUGAGGAGGCGGAAUGGGAGCACAGCCAUCACAGACGAUACCCUGGGUGGCACUCUCACCAUUACGCUGCGGAAUCUACAACCCCGUGAUGCGGGUCUCUACCAGUGCCAGAGCCUCCAUGGCAGUGAGGCUGACACCCUCAGGAAGGUCCUGGUGGAGGUGCUGGCAGACCCCCUGGAUCACCGGGAUGCUGGAGAUCUCUGGUUCCCGGGGGAGUCUGAGAGCUUCGAGGAUGCCCAUGUGGAGCACAGCAUCUCCAGGAGCCUCUUGGAAGGAGAAAUCCCCUUCCCACCCACUUCCAUCCUUCUCCUCCUGGCCUGCAUCUUUCUCAUCAAGAUUCUAGCAGCCAGCGCCCUCUGGGCUGCAGCCUGGCAUGGACAGAAGCCAGGGACACAUCCACCCAGUGAACCGGACUGUGGCCAUGACCCAGGGUAUCAGCUCCAAACUCUGCCAGGGCUGAGAGACACGUGAAGGAAGAUGAUGAGAGGAAAAGCCCAGGAGAAGUCCCACCAGGGACCAGCCCAGCCUGCAUACUUGCCACUUGGCCACCAGGACUCCUUGUUCUGCUCUGGCAAGAGACUACUCUGCUUGAACACUGCUUCUCCUGGACCCUGGAAGCAGGGACUGGUUGAGGGAGCGGGGAGGUGGUAAGAACACCAGACAACUUCUGAAUAUUGGACAUUUUAAACACUCACAAAUAAAUCCAAGACUGUCAUAUUUA